AUGCGCAAAAGGAUCGAGGAGUCAGAAACGCAUUUUCAAAAAGCGCUAGAGGAAUCAAAAAGGGGCUUUAUGAAAGAGCUAGCGGAAUCAAAAAACGAGUCUCGGAGAGCAUACAGCGCUGCAAUGACCACCAUGAUGGAGCUUCGAGCGCCGAUUUACCAACUGCAGUCAGGUCACCAGGUCGGCCCAAAGUAUCGAGCAAAGCGAAAUGCAGUUGCUCAUGGCGGUUCUGUACUAAUGGACAUCUCGAUCUUGCGCCACCUCGACACUAGCCCUGGUGGCCGCACUGCUGUUUUCACCAAAUGGGCUGUCGGGUUUGAAGACAUCUAUGGGCUACCCUUCCGCUAUGUUGAAACUCUUUCAGAAGGCUCUCGAAUGGUGACCCUUCUAAAUAUACGUGCCGAUGUGCUUCUACUUGAUGUGUACUCUUCCUACGACCAGAGCGAAAACAUUGAACAGCAAUGCAAGUCGGUCUUGAGGCAGUGGAAGGUUGCGGUGGAUAGCGAACGGGAUCCAGAGGGUAUCUUCGAUGGAGCUGCUGUUUUGAGCAUGUAUGAUAAGAUUGUGGAAUUACAUAAUGCAGCCCAGCCAUAG